CCAUCUUUUGUUGCUCAUCCUAGACUUGGAGUCAACACAACACAACAACAAUGAAAUCCAUUUUUCCUCUUUGCUUAAUUCUCUCUUUUAUUCUUCCUAUGUUUGCUUCUUCAACGGUGUUGUUUCAGGGGUUCAAUUGGGAAUCGAGUAAUAAGCAAGGUGGAUGGUACAACUCUCUCAUCAACUUAGUUCCAGACUUGGCUAAAGCUGGAGUUACUCAUGUUUGGUUACCACCAUCAUCUCACUCUGUUUCUCCUCAAGGUUAUAUGCCAGGAAGGUUGUAUGACUUAGAUGCUUCCAAGUUUGGGAAUCAGCAACAACUGAAAACUCUUAUUAAGGCUUUACAUGACCACGGGAUCAAAUCGGUUGCUGAUAUAGUGAUAAAUCAUAGAACUGCUGAUAACAAAGAUAGCAGGGGAAUAUACAGCAUCUUUGAAGGAGGAACGUCUGAUGACCGGCUUGAUUGGGGUCCAUCUUUCAUUUGCAAGAACGACACACAAUAUUCUGAUGGCACAGGGAAUCCAGACACGGGUUUGGACUUUGAACCUGCCCCUGAUAUCGAUCAUCUUAAUACAAGAGUGCAGAAAGAGUUAUCAGACUGGAUGAAUUGGCUGAAAUCUGAAAUUGGAUUUGAUGGUUGGCGUUUCGAUUUUGUUAGGGGAUAUGCACCUUGCAUUACCAAGAUUUAUAUGAGAAACACAUCCCCGGAUUUUGCAGUUGGUGAAUUUUGGAACUCUCUUGCUUAUGGCCAGGAUGGGAAACCGGAAUAUAACCAGGACAAUCAUAGGAAUGAGCUAGUUGGUUGGGUUAAAAAUGCAGGGCGGGCUGUAACAGCCUUUGAUUUUACAACUAAGGGAAUUCUUCAAGCAGCAGUUCAAGGAGAGUUAUGGAGAUUAAAGGAUUCCAAUGGAAAACCUCCUGGGAUGAUAGGUGUUUUGCCUCGAAAAGCUGUGACUUUUAUCGAUAAUCAUGAUACUGGAUCGACACAAAAUAUGUGGCCUUUCCCUUCAGACAAAGUUAUGCAAGGAUAUGCAUACAUUCUAACUCAUCCAGGAAUCCCAUCAGUGUUUUAUGACCAUUUCUUUGAUUGGGGCUUCAAGGAUGGAAUUUCAGCACUAAUCUCUAUUAGGAAGAGGAAUAGGAUUUGUGCAACAAGCAAUGUGCAAAUAAUGGCUUCUGAUUCAGAUCUUUAUAUAGCAAUGAUUCAUCACAAAAUUAUUGUCAAGAUUGGGCCAAAACUUGAUCUUGGAAAUCUUAUUCCACCUAAUUAUGAGGUGGCAACUUCUGGACAAGACUAUGCUGUAUGGGAGCAAAAGGCAUAAUCAUAUUGUAGUACCAUUUAUUUACCACACUAAAAGUGACCAUGGACAAAAUGGUUCUUAGUGUUAAUGUUAUAUGAUUGAAAAUAUAAUUUAUAUCGGCAUAAUGAAGGCCAAAAAUUCAAGAAAUUAUAUUCAAUUCGAUAGACCUUGCUCAAUUCACAAUUACAUUAUGACUUCUCUAUUGCAAACUAAAUCUUGUACCUAGUUUUGGUCCACAUUAUUUUACAAUUUUACAAUAUUUCUUGAAAAAGACUUGUAAGCUUAAUUA